GUGUGCUGCGGUGCUCAGGGUUGAUUGUUUGUCUGGGUGCGUGGUUGUGCUGGCGUCUGUCUGUUAAAUAGGAGCCAACUAUUCAACAUCUAACUAUCGCGAUGGACCUAUACUGACUAGCUCUUCAGAACACUCUAAUUGAUCGGUCUCUCUGGAUCCCAUCCAGUGCCAGAGACCUGACACCAUGUCUCUUGCUGGUCUCCUGCAGCAGCCCACCACCCGGCAGCUGCUGGUGGGCACGGCUCUGCUGUUUCUGACGGCCUUCUACUCGCCAUUGACGGUGUUGAUGCUGACUCCCGUCUAUGGAUCGGCUCCGGCGCAUAUUUUCCAUGCCUAUGGAUUGGCGCUAAUUGGUGCUGCUGGAUGGUUUUUGAAGGAUCACAUCCAGCGACUGACCGGCCGCCAGGCCCUCUACCUGGUCCCAGUCGUGGCAUUCUGGGUUCCUACUGUCCAGACCUUCCUGUUCGCCUCAAGCUCUGUCGUGGGCAACCCAUUCGGAGCUGUAGUAACCGAGGUCAUCUCCUACUACCCUCUGGUUCUGCUUUCUGUGGCCUCCGCUAGUAAGCUGGUCCAGGCGGGCUUGGAUCUGGGCCGGCACGGUGAGGCAGUCGUUGAACAUGUUCCUCUCGUGGUCACCUAUGUCAUCUACAAGACGGGCGAGAAGUUUGCCAAAUUGUUCCUGGCUAAGUUUAUUGGCACGACCUUCCUCUUUUCUCGUGUUGGUCUCCAACUUUUGCUGCCAGCCCUGUACUCUGCCAUUGCCCCUUCCAAGCUCUUGCUCCUCGCUAUUCCGUCCUUGCUCUUCUCCAUGACGUCCAACGUGCACAUGCACACCGGAGCAUUGAACUCUUUCCUCAACGACGAGGGCUUCGACCUCCUGGCUCGUCAGGACUCCUCCACCGGCUAUAUCUCCGUCCUGGAUAACCUAUCAGAUGGGUUCCGUGUCAUGCGUUGCGACCACAGCCUGCUCGGAGGACAGUGGACCAAGAUGCCGCAAAACUACAACCCGGCCGUUAUGGACCCUAUUUACUCGGUGUUCGCCAUGCUCGAGGCCAUACGUCUGAUUGAAACCGAUCAUGGUGAGCCUCGCGUGGAUGCCAACAGCAAGGCACUUGUCAUCGGCCUCGGCGUCGGCACCACCCCGUCUGCCUUGAUUCAUCAUGGCAUCGAGACCACCAUCGUGGAAAUCGACCCUGUCGUGCACAAGUUCGCCACCGAGUACUUCCACCUCCCCUCGAACCACAUCGCCGUCAUCGAAGACGCCACCGCCUUCGUGCAGCGCACUCCCCCAGCCCAAUACGACUACAUCGUCCACGACGUCUUCACCGGCGGCGCCGAGCCCCUCGAGCUCUUCACCCUCGAGUUCCUCGAGAACCUCGGCUCCCUCCUCAAGGACGACGGAGUCAUCGCCAUCAACUACGCCGGCGACAUCUCCCUCUACCCCGCCGCCCUAACCGUCCGCACCAUCCAACGCGUCUUCCCCACCUGCCGCAUCUUCCGCGAGACCUCCGACUCCGACCUCACCACCGACUUCACCAACAUGGUAAUCUUCUGCAAGAAGAGCGCCGCCACCCCGCUCACUUUCCGCGCCCCCGUCACCUCCGACUACAUGGGCAGCAAGUUCCGUCAGACCUACCUGGUCCCGAAGCAGGAGAUCGAUAUCAACCGAUUCGAGGCCAUCGAAAAGGGCGGUCGUCGGUUCCUCCUCUCCAAGGAAACUCAUCUGCUAGGUAAGUACCAGGAUCGGGCUGCCUUGGAGCAUUGGAAUAUUAUGCGUCAUGUGCUUCCGGACUUGGUUUGGGAGAAUUGGUGAUGGUACUUAGGUUGCUUAUCUAUCUACCCGUUUUCCGUGAAGGGGAAGUUUUGGAUUCAAAUAGUUGUAUUUCUAGGUCAUGUUUUUAGAAACAAAAUCAAUACAUGUAUAAUUCUCG